GGGGGGGGCUGCAGGGGGGGAAUGCCGGGGGGUGGGGGGGUGGGAAGGGGCCGAGCUUCCCACAAAACGGGGCUAUGUGCGAGGAGAAAGUGCAUCAGUGCGGGAGGAGCAGCGUAGGGGGCACUUCCGAGCAGGCGGCGGAGCGGGGAGACGGCGGGGGCCGGGAAGCGACAGACAAAGAGGAGGGAGGACAUGAGCGAAGGGAGAGAGCAGGGGAUCAGCUGAGUUAAACCACGCAGGAAACGCAUCCCUGAGGAGAGCCAGGGACAGGUUGUGUGUCCCCCCCUUACACCCUUUUCUUUUCGGGCAAGAAGACAAAGCAGCAAGUGGCUCCAUGGGGAAAGGUGGGGAGAAAGGAGGGGGGUCGGGGGAGCCGGAGGCGCAGCUCCGCUUCUACACCUGGGAGGAGAUCCAGAAGCACAACCUGAGGACGGACAACUGGCUGGUGAUAGAUCGAAAGGUUUAUAAUGUCACCAAGUGGGCAAACAGACACCCGGGGGGUCAACGAGUGAUCAGCCACUGGGCCGGCGAAGAUGCCACGGAUGCAUUCCAGGCUUUCCACAUCAAUCCCACCUUGGUGCAGAAGUUUCUCAAGCCAUUACUUAUUGGAGAGCUUGCUCCAGGAGAACCUAGCCAGGACCGAGACAAAAACUCCCAGCUGGUGGAGGAUUUCCGGACCCUGAGGAAGACGGUAGAGGACAUGGACUUGUUCAGAGCAAAUCCUUUGUUCUUCUCUCUUUACUUGGGCCAUAUUAUUGUAAUGGAAGUAUUGGCCUGGUUAAUGGUUUCAUACUUUGGCAAUGGCUGGAUCACAACUCUCAUCCUCUCCUGCAUCCUUACAACUUCCCAGGCCCAGGCAGGGUGGCUGCAACAUGAUUUUGGACACCUCUCUGUCUUUAAGAAGUCUUCCUGGAACCACAUCGUCCACAAGUUUGUCAUUGGACACCUGAAGGGUGCCUCUGCAAACUGGUGGAACCAUCGUCACUUCCAACACCACGCCAAGCCCAACAUAUUCAAGAAGGAUCCAGAUGUGAACAUGCUGCAUAUUUUUGUCCUUGGAGAUACACAGCCUGUUGAGUAUGGCAAGAAGAAACUGAAGUACCUGCCUUACAACCACCAGCAUGAAUACUUCUUCCUCAUCUUCCCACCUCUGCUCAUCCCUGUGUACUUCCAAAUGCAAAUCAUCUCAACCAUGAUCAAGCGCAGGUUCUGGGCGGACCUAGCCUGGGCCAUCAGCUACUACAUACGCUAUUUCAUCACAUACAUCCCAUUCUAUGGCGUUCUGGGAUCCCUGUUUCUCCUCACUUUUGUCAGGUUUCUGGAGAGUCACUGGUUUGUGUGGGUCACGCAGAUGAAUCACAUUCCAAUGGAAAUUGAUUCCGAGAAGCACAGAGACUGGCUUAGCUCUCAGAUGGCAGCCACCUGCAAUAUCGAGCAGUCCUUCUUCAACGACUGGUUCACUGGGCACCUGAAUUUUCAAAUUGAGCACCACCUGUUCCCAACAAUGCCACGGCACAAUUUCUGGAAGGUGAAACCUUUGGUGAAGUCAUUAUGUGCCAAGUAUGGAGUCCAGUACGAAGAGAAGCCUCUUGGAAAAGCAUUUGUAGACAUCGUUGGGUCCCUAAAGAAAUCUGGAGAUCUAUGGCUGGAUGCUUACCUCCACAAAUGAACAUGAAUCUUAAUGGGGAGGUGUGAGUGACCGGGAGGGAUGGGGGGUGUGCGGGGGGGAAAUCACACACGUGUCUUUUACUCUCAGAUUUCAGUCUAUAUCUACUUGCACAGUUGGAGGGGAAUUUCCUGUCUUGUCAGCUGCUACUGGGGACGGGCUCAGGCAACCUGUUUAAUCCAGACAGAACAAAAACAUGCUUCAGAGGAUGAAAAGCGAUGCCAGUAUUGCACAAAAUGAAAGGUUGGGAGAGGAUGGACAGAAAGAGUGUUUAAAAAAGGGGCAUUAAUAUCCAACCUUCACCUUCUGUUCAUAAGAUUCCUUCUAAUUCUACCUAAACCACACAAGCCCCUGAUUCAGACACUUGUAAGAGUUGACGGGCUUCAGUGAGCAUUUGCAAUCCAAGGACACCCCAGUCAGCUUCUGCCUCUUUCCUCUUUCCCACUUUUGUGUAUAAGAAUUGUUCAGCAGAGAGUUUCGUUUUGUUUUCAAGUUAAAAAUAACCAGAUCCAUGCUCACCAUCACAACAGGGAGCUCAGGUGGGCUGUGAUGCCCAUCAGCCCUGCCUGCAGGAAUGCUUCCAGCACUGCCCAGAGCCCAGCUCCCUCCUUCCUUUCUCUAAUCACUUUAGUAAAAGCUGUGAUACUGACCCUGCAAAACUAAUGUCUAACCACCUCUCAGCGGGGUUAAUAUAACUGUGUUUUUAUGACCAGCCCCUAUUUCUAAGGGUCCGUGGAAGAUCCUGAGGCUUAAACAGCAAAAUAUCUCUUUUAGGAGACAUUGUCUCUUUAAUGAGCACCAGCUCUGGCAUAGCAUUAUGGUUGUCAGUAAAUUACACAAAAGACCAACAUAAAGUCACGUAAGGAAAACUUACUAAUUGCUGGUGAUGGCUCCAGUGUAAUCACAAAUGGUCUUUUCACACCAGAGCAGUUCAGCGUGCUGCAGAACCCCAUGGUUCUGCCUGCCUGCACAUGCCUGGCACAGACCAAGCCUGUUUCUGCUUCUCAGAGGUCAGGAGCAGUGGCACAUGUUUACCCCUCUCUUGGGAACAAUCAGCCAAUAAAAGGAGUUGUCCCUUCAAAAGGAGGAGCUGCCCAACCCUUUGACAUGGCCCUUCUGGAAACAGAACUGAGCAGGCUGUGCUGGUGGUAUGAAACCUUCUGGAAAACCCUCUAACACGCUGUCUAAAACUCUAUUUUCUGCCCAACACCUAAUUACCAAAAUUCAUUCAUGGCUUAUCAGGAGAUAUGGUUGAACAGCUUCCAGGUGCUUCUCUAACAGGCAACCUGAUCCCAAGUAAAUCAAGGGCUUUAGAUUCAGCUGUAAUACAACAGAAGACACAUACCCUUUAGUGUGUGAUAAAGGGCCAUGGUUUCAAAAGCAGCCUCCAGUUCCAACAGCUGCCUCAUUGCUCACUCAAAACACACAAUAGGGAUACUCAAGUUAGGAGUUUGCAUGCCUCAUUGCUUUGCUCAGCUCUGAAACUGGAUCUUCCCUAUCAAAUCCUUGAAUGCUGAGUCCCACAAAAUCAGCAAGAUGCUUCUUGAACAGGACUAGGGCCAGCCACUUCAAACAAUAAAUGGAUUUCCCCACUGCCCUCUUUGGAGGAUAAGAUGAGAUUAUAUCUUUUCUUAUAGAUGGGAAAUUCAUAGGCAGGACUGCAACUUAAGCUAGCUACUAAUACUUAAGGUUUGUAGAGGGCUUAUUCUGGUGUUCUCACCCACCCCCAAGCUGGCAAUACCUGGAUGUCACUAGGAAUGCUUAGGGUGAAAAACUACUGUCCCUGGGGUGUCUGAAGCUCAAGCAGACUUUGAGCAAAUUAUAUAGUUGAUUUCUAAUAGCAUAAACAAUAACAUCCUUCUGGAUGCUGUAAUAUCCCAGACAGGUAGUAACGAGCUAGCCUGGAAUUGUGGCUAACAUGAAGACUGCCUUAAUACGUGCAUCUCUUUCUGACUCCUUGAAUGUAUCUCCCUGUCUCUGCUCCGGCAAGGAUGACCACAAGCACAGAGUAGCAUCAGCAAUGCAAUCUUUUAAAUAUUCAGCUUAUUUUUCUGACAGUUCAUACUUUUUCAUCCCUCCAGUUCUUAUUUCUUAAUACAGAUGCUUCUUCCUCCUUAGCACUGUCCCCUCUUCUCUCUCUUACCUUUCUUCAAGAGAAAGUGUUUUUUAAUACCUAGAGAAACCAGUAGCUCAGCCUGCAUAGAGUCCUGCUUUAGCAGCUUGACUUUCCUGCUUGCCACUGACCAGUCUACUGGAAGGACUGGUUUUCUGCUAUAAACCCAAAAGAACCGCCAACACAACAGCCUGGCCCAAAAGAAGACAGCAACUGCUACUGAUGAUGGCUGGAAGAACUUGAAACCUUCAAGGAGAGUAACCAUCUGCAGAAGGAAAGACCAGCUCUUAAAUGGGCAUUUUUUCCCCAAGACCGUAGCAGAAGGUUCUAAAGGGAAGAAAGGGGGGACAGGAAAGAUCUUGAUAUUAACUCCUCCCCAGCUAUUUGCUUCUUUCAGAGUCUUGAAGAAUUCCCUUUUCAUGAAAAAUGUUCAGUUGCUCAAAUCCAGAAAUAAAAGGCGUGCAAUGUGAUGGUCAGAACUGAUUUCCAAGCGUCAUGCAGUGUCCUUGCUGUUGCAAGGGAAAAAGGUCUGUUCUGCAAAGAACAGGUCACCAACCUUUUUUAACUAGCCAUGUGUUUUUCUUACUCAUUGAACUUGUAUGUGCAGAAAGUUUGCCUGAUGAAAAUGGAAGAUGCUGGUUAUUUUUCCAGGCAAAGCCUCUCUGGCUUGGAUAGUUUCUUCCCUUCCUCCAAGAAAUCCCAGCUCUAUCUUAGAAUUUGAGCUGUUUCCUAUGUGCCUUGAUGUGCAAGUUCUCCAUCCUUUAACUGGAGCAGAACUAACAGAUCUCUGACAAAGAGCCCUGGAAGUCUGGAACAAUCUGCUUUGUUGUAUUGAAGUAGCACCAAAGUGACAUGAGACUUAAGGAGAUGUUCCAGAAGUGUCAGUAAAACUGCAAACUUAGGUGAAUAUAAAGCUCCCAUGACCUUGCUUGGCUUUGUCUCCAACCUGGGCAAUAUGCAGUAAUCCAUCACACAAGGAUCCCUUGCAGGUUACAAUUAGCCAUCAAAAUGGUUCAAACACAGCUAUUUCAGUCCAGUUUUGCCCAGCUUUCUGAAGACCAUAACUAACUAGUUUCUCUGAAAAUAAUGAGGUGAAAUCUUGUACCCCUUCUCUCUUGAUAAAGGUCAUUCAUUUGCACUGUAAUGAGACACAAACAACAAACUAAUAAGCUGUAAAUCAUGCUGGGAGCCUGCCAGGGUUUAUUUAACCACAUUAUUGGCUACAGGAGCGCAUGGCAAUGGAGAGAGGCCACGAGCUGGAGACGCAGAGCUUAUUUCAGGGCAGAUAGAUAAUAAAACAAUAGGCAGGAAAGAACUGGCUUUGCUUCUUGUUAGUGGGGACUGGAGCAGAAGCUGGAGGACCGGGAUGGUCAAAGAGAGUUGGAAGAGAAAGGCAUUAGCUGAAGCAAGUGCAGAAAAGGCAGGAGAAGCUUUGGGAAGCACAGAAAUAAGCAUGUGUUUGGGGAGAAGUACGGAGAUGGAGAAAUGACAGAAGGGAACAGGCUGGGGAGGGAUGCAGGACAGAGUGGGAAUAAAAAUACCAAGGAGUUGGAGAGAGAAGAAAAAGCAACUUGAAAUCAGAUGUCCCAUAUACUCCCAUUCAUCACUAGUAUCUGCCUGGACAACCGCUUAUGCUAGGGACAAGGCAAGAAAGGGCAGAGCACAGGCUCAAAGGAGCUGGCAAAGUCUGGCAGCAUCACUAGACACCUUGUUGUGAGCUGGAUCUUGCAUUGAGCUCAGUCUCGAUGAGGGUAACACACAGAGCGCCCUUCAAUAGGGUGUUUCAGUCCUCUGCAAAGCACGUGCUUCUCCACUCUGACUGAGGUAGGUCAAAGCUGUGGCCCUGGCUUUCGGCAGUGGGUCCAUGCCAGCUUUGUGAACUAACUAGAAAUCUAGCCCCAUGUUUCCAGAUAGAGGCACAAUGACAAUCAGGGGACUUGCACUGGAUUUAUUUCCUUUAUGCAUGAAUUUGAGGAGUCUGAGAUCCCAACUGCUUACUGAAAUAGGGCUUGGGAGGCUCAGAGCCAUCAGGACAUAUCUCCAGGCACCAUCACUCCUUGCUACAAGGGCUGAUCACACUGACUGGGUUUUAGGUCAUCAUUAGGGCAAAGACAUCGUUUUCUUCCUGUAACAAGCUGCAAUGUCCUAGCCAUGGGCUCUUCUAGUAGAUGCUUUCCUAAGGAAGCCUUCCUAACAAAGCCCUAACUUUUCAAAUGUGUUCUAUGAGUUGUUAAAACAUCAACCCCACAUUCCUUAUAGGACAGCUCCUAAUUAUUUAAUUCUUAAAAGGAAAUAAAUCAGUAACUCAAAAAGAACAAUUUUUUUUCUUGUGUAUUCUACUGCUCAAUAAAAUCAUAACUAUUUGUUGACC